CAUUUUGCCGACAACUUUGAGGUUGGCAACACCCGACAGAUGCAAAAAAAAGUGUAUACAUAAGAAGCGGAAAAAUCUUUAUUUUGUAGGAAAAAAUUUAAAGUAUUUUAUUAAAUCGUGAUUUAAAGAGAAAAAGUAAUGCUUAUCAGGUCAGAAAUACAUCUCAGUAAAAACAUUCAAUAAAAGUCGCGUAAAUAUCAGUCAUUAAAUCUAUAAAAGUUGCCGCAACGUCGUCGGCUGGUUGGGCAUUCAUAGAAGAAGCUUAGAAAAAAUUGUGUGUAGAUCUUAAAAGCAAAGAAAAAAUAUUAUGGAGGCUCCUACAACAGUCGAUACGGCACCUAUAACUGGUGGUGUGGCUCCCACACGUGGACGCGGCGGUAUGCGUGGUUCAUUUGAACGGGGUCGUGGCAGGGGUAUGGGUAGGGGUCAAUUUUCCGGCAUGGGAGGACCCGGGGGUUUCUCAACCCGUGGUGGUUAUGGAGCACGUGGAGGCGGUAUGGGUGGCGCACCGAUGGGCUAUCCCCCACGUGGAGGUUUCGCACCAAGAGGAGCGCCACCAAUGCGCGGAGCACCUGGCAUGGGUGGUCCAGGCGGAUAUUCUGGCAGGGGUGGUUUUCAGGGGGCACCCCGAGGUGGACCACCAAUGCGAGGAACCGGUAGAAUGCCAAUGUACAACCAACAAACAUUUUUGGACGCUGCAGAGCCGAAACAACACACCGGUGUGGAUAACAAUAAAACUAUCUCACCGGUGCAAGCAUCAGCUAACAAUCAAGUUGUUGCCAUAAAGGAAGAUAAUACAGCUGCUGCAACAGAGGUUGCUGCACCUGCGUCAGCACAAGAAGCGGAUCCCAAUGCCGUGGUGACUGCUUCGACAGCGCCGUUGGUUAGUAGUAAGCCACCUCUAAUGGGUACAUCACCAAAUUAUCGCGGUCGUGGUCGAGGUGGCCCAAGAGGUGGUGGUCGUGGAGCAUAUAAUCCACAUAAUGGUAGCGCCGGUGGUAUGAUGUCCAUGCAUGGUGGUGCUCCUAUGCAAGAGCAUGGCGGUAUGGUGCGACGUGGUGGUCCACCAAGAGGACGUGGUGCGUACCAGGGUGCUGGUAUGACACGUCCCCCACUGCACCAACAACCGCAUGCAUCUAACUCACAGGCAGCACCAAUGUCACUGAAACGCGGCGCUCCUGGUGGCCCACCAGGACCCAAGCGUGGUCGUUAUGAAUCCGGACCAUAUUCCCAGAGAGCGCCUGCGCCAAAAUAUCAUCAGCCUCCACACAUGACACAACAACCAGCGGCAAAUUAUGGUGUGGCACAUCAACCUGCUCCACCACCACCACAAAGCCACCAUGGUUAUCCACCACAUGUUGCCACACAAACAAUGGAUCCUUAUGCCCAGUCGUAUGCUGCGCCACAAGCACAGACAACAUAUAAUGGUUAUGCGCAGACAUCAACUUAUCCUCCGGCACCAACGCAUGCAGCCACACACCAGGCCAAUAGUGGCUAUACAAGUGCUGAAUAUGAUCAAAGUCAAUAUCAAGGAUACAGUUCAACUUACGGUCAACAAGAUACCCGCUAUCAAACAUAUGGUCAAGAUUAUACUCAACAGUAUGGAGCGCCUGCUGUUGAUUAUAACACAUCUCAGGCAGAUUACUCUCAACACGCGCAGCAAACAUAUGAUGAACGCGCCUAUGCUGGCUAUGACACGCAGUCAUAUCAGCAGAGUUAUUCAAAUGCGGGCUAUUAUUAAGUCAAAAAGUCAAAUGAUGUUUAUAAACAAAAACAAAUUAAAAAUAAUAAUAAUAAUAAGAUACAACGCUAUUAUUCUCAACACUAAAUACGCUGUGCGUGUCGAUGAUACAACAACACAACAUAAUACCACAUGAUAGUGAAUGCUGCAAAUCAACCAACCGACCAACCAAUCAAUCAGCCAACCUACCAUCAACUAUGAAAAUAUAUAUUAACAAAAUAUAUAUAAAUAUAAAAGAAAAAUCAUUGAGUAAUGCCAAAAACAACCAAAAUAAUUAUAACCCCCCUUAUAUAUAAUAAUAGUCGUCGGUCGCCGUUCAAUGCAUUGGUGGAGCAUCGUCCUCGUUGUGUCAGCUAUGAUGGUACGUGUCUCUACGUCUGUUCAUCGUCUGUUGCAACAUGCAUGAUCUUAAAAGCGGUAAAUGAAAUUAUUUCAUUUCUGAUAUUUUUGAAACCAUUAAAAAAUUGAAACAACAAAGAUCUUAUAUAAAAUAUUAGAGAUUAGUAGUAUAAUAUGUACUAUCUAUUGAUAUAUUAUUAUAUAUUAUGUGUAACACUUAUUAUACAAGUGAUGAUGAUAUGAUGAUCCCCCAAUAAUUCUAAUCCCUUAAAAAAAUCCCUUAAUUCAAAAUGUAAGCUUAAAAAAAGUGUCCAAAUUAUAUUUUCUUAUUUAGAAAUUUAAAAAAAUUACCAACCAAAUCAACACCAUUUGGAUGUGUUGUUGUUGGUAACCAUAAUAAUAUUGUUUUAAAAUUUAACCAUAGAACGUAAUUUUUUGAUGAUGGACAAAGCAGUAACUCCUGCACUCAGUCGAUAAAAAGAAAAUUAUAAUUGUUUUUUUUUUCCUUCGCCUAUAUAUUCUGUAAGAAUUUGUAAUUUUUUUACUAAAUUGACUAUUUUCUUUUCCCCCGAUGCUAUCCUCCUUAAACUUGUCGUUUUAUUUCCCAUUCAAAAACUUGGCAAUGCAAUACUAAAUCUAUUUACUCUAUCCUUUACUUCCAACAUAAAUGUUUGUAUUUUAUUUUGACACUAAUAAAACUAUAUAUAAAUAAUAAUAAUAAUAAGAGAUUAUUGUUUCACAAUUAAAUGAGAAGAAAAAAAAAAUUAAAAAUUUUUCUUUGUAUAUUUUUUAAGUUAAAAAUCAAAACAGUUUUAUUGUUUUAUUUAGUCCAAACCCAGACCUAUCCUAUGCAUACACAAUUAUCACCCUGCCCAAACAACAAUUAUUGCAUUAUAAUCUGAAAUGUAAUACAAUGUGUGUGUAUGUGCGCAUAGAAACAUAAAGAUUUUAUUUUGAAAUAAGAAAUUUCUUUAAUAAGAUUUUAAUUUUGAGUUGUAUUUCGAAAAUCGUGGCAUUUUUUGGAUAUGACAAUGCGAAAGUAAACUUGAAAAUAAAAAAUACUCAUGCCAUUUAUGUUUGGUUUUUAUAUAAUUAAAAAAAGGCUCCUGUAGAGCGAGUCUCUAAGUUAACAACAAAAAUCGGCUACUUUUAAACCCAAAUGUUUGAUAUUAAAAAUAAGUUAAGGUUAGCAACAUUUGCAUGUACCUGUAGGCACUUUGAUUUACCCAUAAUUUCCUUAAUUACUGAAAUUAUAAGCAUUUUAAUUUGACCGACUUUUGUUGGUAACUCAAAAAAUGAGUUAUAGAAUUCCACUACUGGAAUUGGUGUUUUUUAAUUCGAGUUCACUUCCAUAUCGUCAUGGAGAAACAGACCCUUAAUGUUUAAAAGAUGGACUAUCAUGAAAAUUGUAAUUUAAUUGAUUUAAUUGAAUUUUAAAAUUGUAACAACAUUUAUUUCAGUUCAAAAUCUUUUUAAUUGAGUUAAAAGUGAAAAGAGAAAAAUAGAUAUGAUCCGUACCAAAGCAAUAUUUCAUUCGGAUCUCAUUAAGGAUUGAAGGAGUUCGGAAAUAAAGUGCAUUAAAAUUACCAAGCAACAUUUUCCUUAUCUGAAAUGGAUCGAAAUCAAAGCCAAGUUCUUCCGAGGGUUCCCUACAUGCCGCUCUUCAUUGACGUUUUUUGUGAAUAUAUUGAGUAGCAGAUUUGUGUGGAGGUUGCAGCUCUGCCAACUUCCAAGAGAAGAUGCGUUCUGUACCCAACUGUGGUGGAUAUAGAGCAUGUCAGAAAUUAAAAUCGUUCUGACAAAAUUGGUAUGCGGCCCAUUUUUUAUUUGGAUGUACUAAGAGUUUCCCUCGUCGCUCCUGGGUGAUCCCUGCCAAUACAAGUUUAUUACUCAAAUAUUGUCUGAUUGUUUCCGGCGACUAAAUCAAAAGUCAUGUGUCUCACUAAAAACGACAAGUCAAAAAUGCAACAAAGUCAAAUGCCAUAAUUUUGACAUUUUUUAAUUUUUUUAAUGAAAGCAAAAAAUUUCGGAAAUAGCUUCAAAUUUUAGAAUAAGUUUAGAUUUGUUCGAAUUGGUCAUCUUUGGCACGAAUUAUGACCUUCAAACGGCCAAUGAAACCGUCACACGCUGCCCGAAUGUUGCUCAGCGGUAUUUUGGCCCAUUCUCGGAGAAGCGCUUGCUUGAGGUGAUCGACAAUUUGGUAUUUUUAGUGCCAACCUUGCUUUCUAAAAUACUCCAGACACAAUAGUCCAACGGAUUGGUAUCCGGAGAUUUUGCUGAUCAUUGUGCGCUGAAAAUGAAGCGAGGAACCUCAUUUUGUAACCAUUCUUGGGUGCCGCGUGCUGAGUGCGAUGGUGUUGAGUCCUGUUGGAAUGUACAAGGUCUGCGGCCAAAAUGUUUGCGUGCCCAAGGCUUUAAUACACCCUCUAGAAUAUUUUCGCGAUAAUAUGCGGUAUUUAUUCUGAUGCCACUGUAAAUUAAUAUGAGCGGAGAGCGAACAUUGGCUGUUAUGGCGGCCCACACCAUCACCAUGGCCGGCGCUUGAGUUUUGGUGAACAUUUUCAGCUGACUUCUUUGGCAAGUAAACACGAUCAUUUUAUUUGUUUACAAACUGCUGGACAACGUCGUCUCAUCGGAGAAAAUCAAAUUCGGCAGUUCACCACUUUCGGCCAAGCGAAGCGAAGCAACUCUAGCUCUUUUGAGUCUAUUUUCGGUUCUCUCUGUUGGGGUGUAAGUUCUUGCACUUUUUGGAAUUUUAAUGGCUUUACCCCGAGCCCAUUUUUUAAUAUUUGCCGAAUGGAACAUUGCGAUAUGUUCGCCAAAAAUAUAAAUAAAUCACACUAUCACGGUUGAAUUCCUUCACGGAUAACUUUUUUUCUGGAAAAUUCUCACCAGAAUGCUUUUAUAUGCUUAUAAACAACAUAAUGAUCUGUCACUGGAAUAACUUUAACAGCUGUCGGACGAGUGGCUUAGAAAUGACAGCAGUCUGAAGUUGGUUGCAGUUUUUUCAUCUCACCCUGUACUUGUGUAAUGGCUUAGCUUUGUCUUUGGAAUGAAGGACAUUUCUCACUUUUUUAAUCCCAAAAAAAAAAAAAAAAAUAAAUAAAUAAAUAAAAUAAAAUAAAAAUAAAAACAGUUUUCUUAAAAUCAAAUAAUAAUCAAUUUAAAUUUCCAUUGAUAGUCCCUCUUUUAAGUAUUUCUUUUCAUAACCACAACUCUUCCAAAAAAUAUUUUCUUAAUAAAAAUAAGUUAAAUAGCAUAUACAUUUGCUAAUUAAAAAUAAUAAAACGAAAACAGAAGUCCAAGGUUUAGUUUAUAAGCAUAAAUAAUUAAUUUAAAAAUAUUUUUUUGCAGAUCAAUUUCAACUUGAACGCAUGUUAUAUUAUGAUACAGCAAAUUAAUUGCUAUUAUUUAAUAAUAAUAAUAUUUAAAUAUUACACAUUUGCUUUAUAUUUUAAAAUUUAUCAUCAAAGAUAAUAAUAAAAUAAAAUUACAAUAUGACAAAAAAAACUAAAGUUUAAAACAAAACCCAAAA